AUGAGUGUCUAUUUGAGCGUUUUGUUUGCAAUGUUGACGACGGAAAUGGCUUGUCUGUUCCUUCUAGUCCUGCCACUUCAUUACAAAAUUCGUAAGGCCAUGGCGAGCACUUACUUCCGGUUAAUGAGCUAUACACAGGUUAAAACUGUAAUUGCCAUAGUUGGCGGCCUUGUCGGGCUGCUAUUUGUGGACUCCUGGAAAAGGUCGCAGAUAACCGUUUCUUUGCACCACCAUCAAGUCUCCGCUGGUGCCGAUCCCAAUGGAUCCGGGAGCGUGACCUCGGUCCAAGCUUUGGCCUCCAGAGCCUACAACCAAAGAAACAUUUACAUUUCGGGUUUCAUUCUUUAUUUUGCUUUCUGCAUCCCCACGGUGAUUAGCGUCGUGAGAAGACUAGUCAAGUAUGAGACUUUGAUUCGCGAAAAAGCCAGUAACGAAAGCGGUCCUAAUGGUGAAAAGUCUAGUGGUAAGGACAGAGAGGAAGACGCCAAGGUUGUACAGUUGCGCGAGGAAUUGGCAGAGAAAAAGGCCUCGAUCAAAGCCCUGGAAAGGCAAAAGGCCAGCUUGGAGGCUCAUUUCGACAAGACUACCAAACCCAAGGGCUCUGAUGUCUUGUCAGCUGAAGAAAAAAAGGGCAUUUAA